AUGAGCUUCAGCCUGAACCUAUCGUCCGACGAGGAGGACGAAAAAGAGCAGCAGGAAGAGCCUCCGUUCACGCGGUUGUUACUACCAGAGUCAAAACCUGCAGCCAAAGCCAUUGGCGAGAUACCCACAACUAGUCCAGAGAACGACGACGACGAAGACAAGGAGAACGAUAAGAAUAAUAAAGUAUCUUUGUUGGAUUCAAGCGGCCAAGGUCGCGUGGAAGAAUCUCAGUUUUCUUUUGGUUUCAAUUACGACUUUGAAGAUGACGAUGACGAGGAUGCGCUGGACUGGGAAGAUGCGGAUGAUGACGAAGAAGAAAAUAAUGAUACCGCUGGUCAGGAUAUCGUGUCGACUAUGUUUGCAUCAAGCGAAACACCUGGCAAGCAAGAAGAAAAGAAGAAAAGGAAGGGGAAAACGCGUCGCAAGUACGGAUUUGGUUCCUUGACGCAAAAUGUCAGACUACUGGUAGAUCACCUCCAUCGAGCUUCUUGGUUGGCUCUGACAAGCCACGUUGUCUUUAACUCCAAGCAGUGCAGUGAUGAUUUGGCCAUGGCCGUGGCUUUGAGUCUUGUUCCUCCUACUUUUAAUGGGGGUUCUCAACCAUCCAAGAAGGAAGUACAUGCACUUUAUUCAUGGUUCCAUGAUUUAGUGUCCAAUGCUGAAAGACGACGAUUGCAAACAUUACGCUUCAACAGAAGAGCAGGAGCUCCUGCCACAAGGCGUCGGCAAGCCAAGAAGAGUAAAAUGAAAGAAACUCCGCCCGAGGAACGACGCCCACACCCCUCUCCAAACAGGCUGGUGGAGUAUUGUGCGUACUUGGCCUCUUCCCAGAAUGAAGACGCGCAGCUUGUAUGUGACGGGCAAGACAUAGUAUGGACAAGUUCAGACAAAGUCAACCUGUUCGUAACAAUGACAAGGUCGCUUGGCUGGAGAGUGAGAUUUGCAGCUGCGAUUGAACCAAUAUCAAAAGAUGUGGAUGUGAAUCACCCCGUGGCGACGUCAUUUCGUGCCUUGGCGUCAUGGACACUCAGCAAUCAGCAUGACAAAGAUGGCAAAUCAGCAAGGGGUUCAACAUCAACCAAAAAGCGAAAACGAUGGUCGGCUGCUGCGUCGUCAGAUGAACAAAAGGACCUGAACUCCUUGGGGCUUUCACCGACUCGUCAUGAAAGCAGUGUGGCGGGGCAGGUUGUGAUUGGAUGGGCAGAGGUGUUUUGUCGAGCUGAAAACGGCAACAUGCGAUGGAUUCAUGUGGAUCCAGAGAUGCAAGCAAUGGACCAGCCACAGCUCGUGGAAAAGAUUCUUCUCGACAAGAACAACCACGUUGAAUCUGCGAACGGGCACAAGAAGAAACGCGCAGUCCAAACAUCGUCAAGGGCGAGGCCUGUCUGCUUUGUAAUUGCUGCCGAGCAUCUCGGGUCUGAUGAGCAAAUGCAGUACGUAACCGAUGUUACCCCCAGGUAUUCCAGCAGCAUGAGCAAAACGCUACAACUCCGUGGGGUCCCUCGAAAAAUCCAAGCGAAAAUGCUUUCCAAUCCACAACAAUCAACUUGGUGGUCAAAGGCAAUCGAUAAGUUGAACAAUGGUUCCUCGAAUGGUACAGAAAAUGCGCAACCAGAAGAGGGCGUAAAUUCACUCAAAGUCGCAUCCAAACCGCAACAACAGGCAGCAGCAAGCAAUGACAAGACGAAACGUCGUGUGGACAAUGACUUGGACAAGGCCCUCGAACGGGAAAAGGAAGAGCUCUCCAAGAAAGCCCAGUGCGAGACUGUUCCGACAUCCAAAGAUGAAUUCAACAAUCACCCUGUAUACGUCAUAAAGAGUGUCCUCAAAGCAAGGGAAGUCUUGUCGCCGGAUGCCAAACCAAUAGCUUUUUUCAAAGGCCAGUGCGUCUUUCUCCGUGAACAUGUGAGCCAGGCGCUGACAGCCCAGAAAUGGCUCUACCAGCACCGCAAAGUAAGGGACUGUGAACUCGACAUACCCGUCAAGCGCGUGGAACCUCGGAAAAAGCCAGCGGCUGGAACAUCCUUCCAACCAGUCAAGUCGUACUUGGCCGAGACGAAUCUAGACGACUUGGGGAUGGACGACGAUGAAACCAAUGACGGAAAGAUCUCUCUCUAUGCCAUUUGGCAAACAGUCCCUUGGAACCUUCCUCGUGUGGGACCCGACGACAGGAUUCCUCGCAACAAAUUUGGCAACAUUGAAGUUCAACUCAUCAACCCCGGCUUGGCACAUGCGGACGAACCGGGUAUAUCACAGGUCGCAAAGCAAUUGGGAAUUCCUUAUGCCCCGUGCAUGUUGGGCUUUGAGGGCCACGGUGUGAAUCGCAAACCAAAGUUUCAAGGCGUGGUGGUUCAUGAACACAAUGCGGAGCUACUACAUGAAGCGUACGGUGAAGUAGCACAGAAGAAGGAAGAAGACGAAGAAAGGGCCAGAAAGAGGGACAUUUAUACCAAGUGGAAACGACUACUUGUGGGCGUGCUCACCGAGGAUCGCUUGGAGCGGGAGUACGGAUAGAGCAGACUAUCAUCCGUCAUCGAGCGUCCCGAUGCUACAAUAAUACUGAGACAAGGAGAGACAAGGCUACAGGCGGCACAUUUCUGUAAACUGCAGGCAACUUU